AUGGAGCCCCUCUGUCCACUCCUGCUCGCUGGGUUUAGCUGGCCGCUUGCCAGAGCUGUCAAAGACAACCAGACCACUGCACCUGAUAGCAACAGGACUGCCACCCCAGGCCUUCCGGGCUCUGGCACCCCCCAGCCGCUGCUGGCCUGGCUGUUGCUGCCCCUGCUCCUCCUUGGGCUCCUCCUCUUGGCUGCCUACUUCUUCAGGUUCCGGAAGCAGCGGAAGGCGGUGGUCAACACCAGCGACAAGAAGAUGCCCAACGGGAUCCUUGAGGAGCAAGAGCAGCAGCGGGUGAUGCUGCUCAGCCGGUCCCCCUCGGGGCCCAAGAAGUACUUCCCCAUCCCUGUGGCUCAUCUGGAGGAGGAGAUCCGAGGGCGUUCGGCUGACGACUGUAAGCGCUUCCGGGAGGAGUUUAACUCGUUACCAUCGGGACACAUCCAAGGAACAUUUGAGAUGGCAAACAAGGAAGAAAACAGAGAAAAAAACAGAUACCCCAACAUCCUCCCAAACGAUCAUUCCAGAGUGGUUUUGAGCCAAGUGGAUGGGAUUCCCUGUUCGGACUAUGUGAACGCUUCGUACAUAGACGGUUACAAAGAAAAGAAUAAAUUCAUAGCAGCUCAAGGCCCUAAACAGGAAACAGUGAAUGACUUUUGGAGAAUGAUCUGGGAACAAAAGUCUGCAACCAUCGUCAUGUUGACUAACCUGAAAGAAAGGAAGGAGGAAAAGUGCCACCAGUACUGGCCUGACCAGGGCUGCUGGACGUACGGGAGCAUCCGUGUGUGUGUGGAGGACUGUGUGGUCCUAGUGGACUACACCAUCAGGAAGUUCUGCAUCCAGCCUCAGCUCCCCGACAGUUGCAAAGCCCCGCGGCUCGUCUCCCAGCUGCACUUCACCAGCUGGCCUGACUUCGGAGUGCCCUUCACCCCCAUCGGGAUGCUCAAGUUCCUGAAGAAAGUGAGGACACUCAACCCCACACACGCCGGGCCCAUCGUGGUCCACUGCAGUGCGGGUGUGGGCCGGACGGGCACCUUUAUUGUGAUCGACGCCAUGGUCGACAUGAUGUGUGCCGAGCAGAAGGUUGACGUCUUCGAAUUUGUGUCAAGAAUCCGCAACCAGCGUCCUCAGAUGGUCCAAACGGAUAUGCAGUACACGUUCAUCUACCAAGCCUUACUUGAGUACUACCUCUAUGGGGACACAGAGCUCGAUGUGUCCUCUCUGGAAAAGCACCUGCAGGGCCUGCAUGGCUCCAGCAGCCACUUCGACAAGCUGGGGCUGGAGGACGAGUUCCGGAAGCUGACGAAUGUCCGGAUCAUGAAAGAGAACAUGAGGACAGGCAACCUGCCGGCCAACAUGAAGAAGGCCAGGGUCAUCCAGAUCAUCCCGUAUGACUUCAAUCGCGUGAUCCUUUCCAUGAAACGGGGUCAGGAGUACACCGACUACAUCAACGCAUCCUUUAUAGACGGCUACCGACAGAAGGACUAUUUCAUCGCCACCCAGGGGCCGCUGGCACACACGGUGGAGGACUUCUGGAGGAUGAUCUGGGAGUGGAAAUGCCACACCAUCGUGAUGCUCACCGAGGUCCAGGAGCGCGAGCAGGACAAAUGCUACCAAUACUGGCCGGCAGAGGGCUCCGUUACUCAUGGCGAAAUAACCAUUGAGAUCAAGAGUGACACCCUGUCUGAGGCCAUCAGCGUGCGAGACUUCCUGGUCACCGUCAGCCAGCCGCUGGCCCGGCAGGAGGAGCAGAGCCGCGUGGUGCGUCAGUUCCACUUCCACGGCUGGCCCGAGGUGGGCAUCCCUGCAGAGGGCAAGGGCAUGAUCGAGCUCAUUGCAGCUGUCCAGAAGCAGCAGCAGCAGACAGGCAACCACCCCAUCACCGUGCACUGCAGUGCUGGCGCUGGGCGAACAGGUACCUUCAUCGCACUCAGCAACAUUCUGGAACGAGUGAAGGCUGAGGGACUCCUAGACGUGUUUCAAGCUGUGAAGAGCUUACGGCUUCAGCGGCCACACAUGGUGCAGACCCUGGAGCAGUAUGAAUUCUGCUACAAAGUGGUACAAGAUUUUAUUGAUAUAUUUUCUGAUUAUGCUAAUUUCAAAUGA